GUAGUGCUCGUUGAAAAUGAAGAAACAGCCGCGGUUGAAGGUUAUGGCGUGUUCAGAAGAGAUCGCAUCCUAGCACUCUAUGCAGACAGUACCGAGAAAGCGCAUGCCCUUAUGCAGAAAAUACUUCGAAGUUUGAAAAAUGACAAGAUAACAUUAUGCACGGUGCACGAGUGUUGGAGUAUUGAAGAGAAGCAAAGUACUGUAUGCAAGCGAAUCCAUCGUCGCCACACACGCACCGUACCUGGAGGUAUCAAAUGGGAUCGUGUGUAUGUUGUAAAUGUCGGCUUGAACUUGAUCUAA